CCGCUAUUUAUAUAUCACCUCUCCUAAAGCUAAACUUCUCGUCGAAAUCUCUUAAAAUCCUAUCCUCCAAAUUCAAAUUCCGAAUAGAUUUGCAAUAAAUCCACAGUUCCACGGAUUGCUCAACCGUUUCAAUUCCCUCCAUUUCUUCUCUCUCCAAUUCCUAGGGUUUCCAUUUCCUUUUUCCUCACGAUGCCGGUGAAUCUAACACCGAACGCAAUUUCAUCCAUAAACGCCGGAGAUGUGAAUUCGAAGCCGCUGGUUCAGGUAUUAGACAUCAAGCUCAUCGGUAACACUCAGGAGCGGUACCGCUUUUUGCUCUCUGAUUCGGUGUUGACUCAGCACGCAAUGCUCGCGACUCAGCUCAAUGACCAAAUCAAGACCGGUCGGGUUCGCAAGGGAUCGGUUAUUCAGUUGGUCGAUUACAUCUGUAGUACGGUUCAAAAUCGCAAGAUCAUUGUUGUUUUAAACAUGGAAACUAUUAUCCCUGACUGUGAAAUAAUUGGGAACCCAAAGAUGUUCAGUGAAUCUGAUUCUCUAGUUAAAAAUUCGGUGCCUGAUAGCAACCCUGAGCACACAGUGUCGGCUGUCAACAAAAAUCUUAACACUCAAAAUUCGGGGCGUGGAAUGUCAACUACCAACAGUAAUUGGAGUGCUCAAAAUUCAGGUAUUUCUAAUAAUUUGCAGAGUUUCCAGCCAACUGUUCAACCCCCAUACCAACCACCUCCAAAUUACAAAAACCAUGGGGCAAUCAUGAAGAAUGAGGCACCAGCACGCAUUAUUCCAAUUGCUGCUUUGAAUCCAUAUCAGGGUCGGUGGGCUAUCAAGGCCAGAGUCACUGCAAAAGGGGAUCUCCGCCGCUACAACAAUGCUAGGGGUGAUGGCAAGGUUUUCUCCUUUGACCUCCUUGAUUCUGAUGGAGGUGAAAUUCGAGUCACCUGCUUCAAUGCCGUUGUUGACCGCUUUUAUGAUGUUAUUGAGGUUGGGAAGGUCUAUGUGAUAUCCAAAGGUAGCUUAAAACCUGCACAGAAAAACUUCAACCAUCUGAAGAAUGAAUGGGAGAUAUUUUUGGAGACAACCUCAACAGUGGAUCUUUGCCCAGAGGAAGAUGCUUCCAUUCCAAGACAACAGUUUUCAUUCAGACCUAUUAGUGAAAUUGAGAAUGCUGAAAGCAAUUUCAUACUAGAUGUUAUUGGUAUUGUAAUAUCUGUAAACCCUUCGGUCCCUAUCUUGAGAAAGAAUGGUAUGGAAACUCAGCGACGUACUCUGAAUUUAAAGGAUCAAUCUGGGAGGAGUGUUGAAUUAACAAUGUGGGGAGAUUUUUGCAACAGGGAAGGUCAAAUGCUGCAAGAAAUGGUUGACUCUGGACUCUUCCCUGUUUUAGCUGUCAAAGCUGGAAAAGUUAAUGACUUCAGCGGGAAAUCUGUAGGUACUAUCUCUGCCACACAGAUCUUCAUUAAUCCAGAUUUUACGGAGGCUUGUUCUUUGAGAGACUGGUUUGAUCAAGGGGGUAAAAAUACUGCUUCUCAGUCCAUCUCUAGAGACAUUAUGCCUGGAGGAUCAAAGAAUGAGAUACGUAAAACUGUGGCUCAGAUCAAGGACGAGGGCCUUGGAAGGUCUGAUAAACCAGACUGGAUCACGGUUAAGGCAACAAUAUCAUUCAUGAAAACAGACAAUUUUUGUUAUACAGCUUGCCCAUUGAUGAUUGGAGAUAAACAGUGUAGUAAGAAAGUGAUAAAGUCGGGAAACUCUAGAUGGCAAUGCGACAGGUGCAAUCAAGAAUUUGAGGAAUGUGAUUACAGAUAUCUUCUUCAAGCUCAGGUUCAAGAUCAUACUGGGUUAACAUGGGUGACUGCUUUCCAGGAAUCUGGGGAAGAGAUCUUGGGCUGCUCAGCGAAGGAGUUGUACUUCUUGAAAUAUGAAGAGCAGGAUGAAGAAAGAUUUUCUGAAAUUAUCAGAAGCUGUCUUUUUUCACAGUUUCUGUUUAGGCUUAAAAUCAAAGAGGAAAUGUAUGGUGAUGAACAGAGGGUGAAGAUUACAGUUGUCAAGGCAGAGAAGAUGAACUACUCUGCUGAGACCGGAUAUAUGCUUGAUUCGAUAUCACAACUUCGUUUCCAUUGAAUAAUCUGAGAGCAAAAGUAUACGACUCACGGUUUGAUAGCUUUGAUUCUGAGAUAAAGAUUGUAACUUUUAAUGAGUUAAAAUAGAAAAUUUAACUCAAAUUUGUUGAGGCUAUAUUCCUGCAUUUCUUUAUUCAACCUUGGCUAGAUAGGCUCAAAACAGUACUGUGGUUCUUCAGGCCCGAUUCGGUAUGUUUCUCCCCAUUCCUAUACUUUGUUGGCGUCUUAUAGUUCAAUUUAGCCGCCAGAUCAUUAUUUGUACUCACCUUCAAAGAGGUGCGGUUACAUGUAAUUCAGGAUAUUCUUAUUUUCAAUUCCAGUUUAGA